AUGACUCUCGACCUGCUCCUGCACCUGCGGCCCGAGGAAGCUGGACACGAGGUCGGCGACUCCAUCGACAUCGAAGGCGAGCAUCCCAUCCGCAUCCGGUUCCGUCCCGGCAACGACGCCCUCUACGCGACGUCCGCGCAUCUGGUCAACAGCAUCCCGACCGUGAUCGAUGCCCCGCCCGGGAUCUGGCCGUGGGCGAGCCCGGUGCCGCUGGUGCCCCGGCACCUGCGCUUCGAGGCGACCGAGCGAGUGGACUACCGGGGCCGGGUAGUGACGCCGCUCGACACCGAGGCCCUCGCGGCGACGGUCGCCGAGAUGAGAGCGGCCGCGGUGGAAUCGAUCGCGGUGUGCUUCCUGUUCUCCUUCAUGAACCCGGUCCACGAGCGUCAGGCCCGCGACGUCAUCGGCCAGGUGUGGCCGGAGGUGCCGGUCUCCAUCUCCAGCGAGAUCCUCCCCGAGAUCAGGGAGUACGAGCGCUCCAGCACCGUCGUGAUCGACGCCUACGUCAAGCCGGUCAUGGGCGCCUACUUCGAGAACCUCGAACAGCGGCUGGCCUCGGGGGGCAUGGAGUGCGGCGUCACCUCGGGCCCGGCGGGCGGCGUGAUCGGGGCCGCCCAUCUGGGGGAGCAGAGCGGCUAUCCGAAUCUGCUGGCCAUAGACGUGGGCGGCACGAGCUUCGAGGUGAGCCUGAUCGAGGGCGGAGUCCCGUCGCGCACCACCGAGGGAUUCAUCGAAUGGGGCAUCCCCUUCAAGAUCCCGCUGGUCGACGUCAAGUCGAUCGGGGCCGGGGGCGGAAGCAUCGCCCGGAUCGAUCCGGGCGGGCUGAUACAGGUCGGACCCGACUCGGCCGGAUCGGAGCCCGGCCCGGUCUGCUACCGCAAGGGAGGGUCGCUGCCCACCCUCACCGACGCCUACGUGACCAUCGGCCUCAUCGACCCCGCCUACUUCCUCGGCGGCCGGGUGCGGCUCGACGCCGGGGCGGCCCGGGAGGCGAUCCGCGACCAGAUUGCGGAGGUGGCGGGCAUGACCGUGACGGAGGCUGCCCUCGGGAUUGUCCGGGUGGCGGAGGCGUCCAUGGUCGGUGCGAUGCGCAUCGUGUCCACCCAGCGGGGAUACGACCCGCGGGACUACGCCAUGAUCGCUUACGGCGGGGCCGGACCGGUCUCCGCGGUCGAGCUGGCCCGAGAACUCGGCGUGGGCACCGUGCUGGUGCCGCGCUAUCUGCGCCGCAUGAAGGAGCUCGACCUGGCCACGCUGACGACGCUGUCGGAGGAACUCGUCGCCGAGGGGGAAGCCGCGAUGAACCGGAUAGGGGUCACCGCCGCGCCGAUCAUGCAGUUCACCGCCGACGUCCGCUACAGCGGCCAGAACUUCGAGGUGAACGUGUCGUUCCCGUCCGGGGCGGUCACCGAAGCCACCAUCGAGCGGGUCGUUGACAGCUUCCACGCCGAGCAUCUUCGACUGUUCGGGCACCACAAGGAGGACGAGGCGCUGGAGUUCGUCAGCCUGCGCCUCGCCGUGAUCGCGACCACCGAGAAGCCGGAGUUCACGCCGCCGAGGCCCCAGGGCAGCAGCGAAGCCAAGGGGCGGCGGCGGUUGUUCUCGUCCUCUGGCCAGAUCGUCGAGGCCCCCGUCUUCGACCGGAUCGCCCUGGACGUGGGCUGGGCCCGGCCCGGCGCACUGAUCAUCGAGGAGCCCGACUCCACCGUGGUGGUCCGGGGCACCAACGACAGCACCGCCAUCGACGACCUCGGCAACAUCGUGGUGAUCCGCGAGGGGCUGGUGGCCCUGUGCCGCAGCAUGGGGUACGCGCUGUCGCGCACCGCCUACUCGCCGAUCUUCAGCGAGGGAUUCGACUUCUCGUGCGCGCUGUUCGACGGGAUCGGCGAGAUGGUGGCCCAGGCAGAGUUCAACCCGGUCCAUCUCGGGUCGAUGCCGUACACCGUCGAAUGGACCGUCAAGGAGAUCGGCCUCGACAAUCUCGACGAGGGCGACGUCAUCCUGCACAACGACCCCUUCCGGGGCGGCACCCACCUGACCGACUUCACGAUGAUGGCGCCCGUCUUCUACGAAGGGCGGCUGGUGGCGAUACCCGCGGUGCGGGGCCACCAGAUCGACGAGGGGCUCAUCGUGCCCCCGGUGAAGGUCUACCGCAGAGGCGAGCCGGUCAAGGACAUCUGGGACCUGAUACUGGCCAACAUCCGGGUCCCCAAGAUCGUCCACGGAGACUUCCGUGCCAUGUUCGGGUCGCUCAAAGUGGCCGAACGGCGGGUGCAGGAGUACUGCCGCAAAUACGGGCCCGACACCUACGCCGAGGCCACCGACGAGAUCAAGAACUACAGCGAGCGCCGCAUGCGAGCCAUGAUCUCGCGCCUCCCCGACGGCACCUACGAGGCCGCGGACAUGCUCGACGACACCGGCACGACGCUCGAUCCGGUAAGGGUGCAGUGCCGGCUCACCAUCGACGGCGACACCGUAACCACCGACUUCAGCGGCUCGGACCCGCAGGUGCAGGGACCCAUCAACGCCACCUACGGCGUAACCGCCUCCCAGGUGUACACCGUGCUGUUCCAGGUCUCGGACCCGGACAUGCCGUCCAACCACGGAGCCUUCCGGCCGAUCAAGAUCGUGGCCCCGCCGGGGAGCGUGGUCAACGCCGAGUCCCCCGCGGCCGUGUUCGGGGGCAACGUCGAGACCUCCUCGAGGAUCAUGGACGUGCUGCUGGCCUGCUUCGCGCAGGCUGUGCCCGACCGGGUGAUGGGAGCCUGCUUCGGCACCUGCCAGAACUUCACCGGGGGCAGCCAGCACCCCGAGCUGGACGAGUACUCGAUCAUCUACAUCUAUCACGAGGGCGGCUGGGGCGGCAGGGCCUCCGGCGAUGGGCUGACCGCGCAGAUCAACCCGGUCGGAAACGACAUGAAUCAGCCGGUCGAGAUCUUCGAGAGCCGGUUCCCGUGGCUCUACGAGGAGUACUGCAUCAACGAGAACAGCGGCGGGCCGGGCUACAACCGCGGCGGGCUCGGGAUCCGCCAGCGCCUGCGCUCCCUCUCGGUGUCCAGCUCGAUCAACCUGAUCGCCGACCGGGUCAAGCUUCCCGGCUCGGCGGAAUUCGUGCAUGCGACCGAGGCAUUCGGAACGGUCUCACCGUCCAAGUUCGCCGGGAAGGUCAUCCCCCGGGGCACGGUAGUGGAGAACACGACAACCGGUGGCGGCGGCUACGGCGACCCGCUCGACCGAGAGCCCGAGCGGGUCGCGACUGACGUCGUCGAGGGGUACGUCACGGCCGCGGCCGCCGAGUCCCAAUACGGCGUCAUCCUGCGAAGCGACGGCAGCGUCGAUUCCGAAGCAACGCUGGCAACCCGUCGCAAGCUCAGACAGAAGGCGCAAUGA